GCUGGGGUUUCUCCAGCCCCAGGCCGGGCGGUUACUCUACCCCUGCUCCGAGCCGGACAGGCACUGUGCCGCUAUCGCGACAGUCGGGCGGUGGAGGCAGGGAAGACGGGCCUCGGACGCGGCUUCACCGCAGCCCCCACGGACGGACUCCGGCAACGUAAGGGACGGAGCGGCGGCGGCGGGGCCACCAGCGAGCAGCCAAUGGUUGGCCGCCGGGGAGCCGUGACGUCACCGCGCCCGGCCGAGACGCACCUGUUACAUAAGGGGGCCGGGCGGCCGCCGCCGGCCCUGACCCUACCGGCCCCGGCCUCGGUCCCGGCUCCGCCGCUGUGGCCGGGCUGGGUUCCCCUAGGCCGGGGAUGAGGCCGCCGGCCGGGAGGGAAGGCGGCCGGCGGCGGCGGCGACGGGCCGCGGGGGCCAUGGCGGAGAGCAACGCGGAUUGGAUGGGCUCGCUGCCGGCGGCGCUGCGCUCCUACCCGCUCUCCAACCUGGCCAUCCCGGGGUCACAUGAUUCUUUCAGCUACUGGGUUGAUGAGAAAUCCCCUGUGGGACCAGACCAAGCCACAGCCAUCAAACGUUUGGCCAGAAUAUCUUUGGUUAAAAAGAUCAUGAAGAAAUGGUCAGUGACUCAAAAUCUGACUUUCAAAGAGCAGUUGGAAGGUGGGAUCCGCUACUUUGAUCUUCGUGUAUCUUCCAAACCUGGGGAAAUAGGACAAGAGAUUUACUUCAUACACGGCUUGUUUGGCAUCAAAGUAUGGGAGGGGCUGAAGGAGAUUAACACCUUUCUUGAGCAGCACCCCAAGGAAGUCGUCUUCUUGGAUUUCAAUCACUUCUACGCUAUGGAUGACAGCCAUCACUUCUUCUUGAUCAACAGGAUCCGCUCAGUAUUUGGAUCCAAACUUUGUUCCGUUGAAUGUGUUGAAUAUGUGACAUUACAGUACAUGUGGGAGAAGAAACAUCAGGUUCUCAUAUUCUACCACUGCCCUAUAUAUAAGGAAUACUCCUUCCUGUGGCCAGGGAAUAAAAUGCCAGCACCAUGGGCUAAUACAACCAAUGUGCACAAACUCUUACAGUUCCUGGAGACCACUCUUGAGGAACGAAGUCGUUAUGGGACUUUUCAUGUUUCUCAAGCAAUUCUCACGCCUCGAGUGAAAACUAUUGCACGGCAUCUAAUUCGUGGUCUGAAGAACACGCUUGUUCAUAGGAACCUGCCCAUGAUUUUAAAUUGGGUGAAAGCACAGAAACCAGGUGUUAUGGGUGUUAACAUAAUUACAUCAGACUUUGUGGAGCUGGUUGACUUUGCUGCUACAGUUAUUGCAUUAAACGACCUUCUUCUAGAAGAGGAUGAAUCUGCAACUAAAUCCUGAUUGCUGUGUCCCACUUGUGCUCCUCAGUGGACAUCUUUGAACUGUGCUAAAUGUUUUAUUUAUUAAGUGAAACCUAUUGUAAUCUCUGUUUAUUGAAAAGAAGUUUUCUAGAGGAAAUGUGGUUAAACAUCACAUACAGGCGGGUCCUUUCUAGUGAUGUGUGGAUCUGAGAGGAACACAGAGUGCUGUCUGAGUGCUGCUGCGUGUCUGUGGCUACGUGUUUGACUAAGUUAUGCACACAUCUGCUGCAGUCUGGGGCGAUGUCUGCCUGCCAACAGGAGGCUGGCCUCCGGAGCAGAUGUACCCGAUUAUGGUGCGCGUUUCCCUGGUGACUGGACUCACCGUCCCCUUGUGUGCCCAUCCUGCUUAUUUCUCAGCACCAGGACUCAAACUGAAGAUCGCUGCUGAUCCCUUAGCAGCAGCGUGACCAGGCCGGCCGAGAUGGUAUUGUUCUUGGGCCACCUCAGGCGUAGCUGGGCUCAGCUGGAGGCUGCUGCUGUAUUCAUUACGCUGUUUUAGACACUACCUCUGACUUACUUGAAGAAACAACAUUGCUGUUGUUCAGGGGGAAGUUGUUGCACUGUGUUGAAUAUCGAACUGUCCUCUGGGCCUGUGUUGCAAAGGCUUGGCUCUGCCUCUUGGGGCUCCAGACUCUUCUUCUGGACCUCUUCGUUUUACUUUAAUACUUUAAUACAUUCAUUGCAACUGUGUUUAACUGUGUCUCUUUUGGCUUUAAUUUGGAGAAUGUUUGUCUUCAAAUUAUGAGGAUUGUAACUCACAAAUCUGAAUUCCUGUUGUGAGACAUUUGAGAAACCACAGUGUAACUUCUCUCUCUUGCUUGCUGGUCAUUUGUUUUUUCCAUCCAUCGAGUUUUCUUUGGGGAAAGUCUCUGAGUAUCCAAAGAACUGGAGCUUACAGGGACUACUCAAAACCCAAAUAUUGACUCUGAUUUGCAAUGUGACAGUGAAUUCCAAAAUCAGACCCAAAAGUUGUGAUUGUUGUCAGAGAGCCACAGCUAUGGGGGAGCAAUUUCCCCAGCUUGUACCUGCUUGUGACAAAGUAAGCAAUAGUCACCCAAGCACAGUCAGGCAUCAGUGCUGCUUCUUUCUGUAGUCAUACUUGGUUUUGUGUUGAUUCACAACAAAAAGUGACCAUGUGUGCUUGAGCCAAUGCAGUCACAUGUUGGUACUCAUCAGCACUUAAUUGACUACCUGAUAGCAGUCCUACAGUCUGAUUUAUCUUUGGUUAAAAGUAAAAACGACAGUGAAACACAAAAGUGACUGAUUAGCAGAUACUUCGCUGCUCAAUAAUCUUUCUAAAGCAACUGUUGGUGCACUAAUUGUUUGGUGAUUAUGAAUUUGUAUUAAUCUUUAAGCUAUUUAUAAUAGAAUGGAUCAUCUUUAUGUCUAUUUUAUUGAAAAGAAAAGUGAUUUGUUAUUUUGUUAUUGUGUGUUGUGUCUGCCAUCGUGGUCUGACAGCCCAGAAAAAUCCAAAACCUCUUUGCUUGUCACAUACUCUGAACUCGGGACAAGUUUAUUUAAAGGUUUGCAAAUCUUCCCUGUGAACCUUGGCCAAGUUCUGAGCAGACUGUAAUCUGAUUUAUCUAUUCGUUGCAUGGUUUUCAUUAGAGUUCCUCAAACUUUUUUUUAACCGAAUCCUUUUUCUAAGGGAGUUGGGGGGUAUCUGUCUCUCAAGCUGUCUUUCUUCUUUCCUCUUGUGUUUCAGUGGGAUGGGGGGCAAGUCAUGAAAAUCAGAUUUUGGGAACUAAAGCUCAAACUUGUAGUUUAAAACUCCCUUUGAAAACCCCAGCAGAAGGUUUUUAUUGUUUUUGGUAUUUUUUUUUUCUGGUUGAUGAAAACUGAUGGAACCUGUUUUGAACAACAGUAUUUUGUUUGCAAAGUUAUUUAAAAUACUUGGGUUUUUCUUGGCUGAAUUUUGUGCUAACCUACUUUUCUCAUGGCCCCAACUGAAACUCCAUGAUAGUGUUAAAUGUAUGGGUUUGGUUUCAGUGGUCUUUUAGCUGCAAAUUGUCUUAGAGCUCAGAACUCGGAAGAACUUGGUUUGAAUGCUGAUGAGGCUGAAAUAAUAACAUUUUGCAAGGUUUUCUCCAGAACUGGAGGACAAGGUGAGAAGGCGAAGUGAGUACGAUGUUUGCAUUAGACCCUUAAUAUAUUGUACUGUAUAUAUCUACCUCAAAAGAGAUUUGUCAGGCUUAACCAAUAUUUAUAUUGUGUGUGCACAGUAAUGACUGUUGUUUGUCCUUCUGUUGUAUUUAUUUGAAUAGAGAUGUGAUGGUUGUAACUCAGGGCUUUGGUUAGGUAUUUUUAACUACAAACUCGGAAGUUUCUCUAACACAUUUGCUGUUAGGUCUUGCCUCUUGAAAUAGGACAAAGGCAUGCUAGGUGUUAAGAGUGUUAGCAGAGGGAAAAGAAAUAGAAAAUAGCUUUAAGAUUAAUGAAGGGGAGGGAGGUGGGGAAUACAACUCUGUAAGCUCGGCCUGUGUGAAGACUCAUGUGUCGUUUCAGAGCAGUGCUUGGUGUUAUGCUUCUAUGUGAGGAACCUGAUGGUCUCAGUAGUGAGUUGGGCAAUUGUCAGAUACAGUUGCCCACAACAACGUAUCUCCUGCAGACAACUCUGGGCAAUGUUAAUGCUGGUGUUUAGAGUUGGUUUUAGGGUAGUCCUAAACAAUCCUAAGCAAUAUGAACCACCUUUCGUUACAUGUUAUAGCCCAUAACAAAGCUGCCUGUACAAUAGGUUUAUCUGUCUGACACGGCACCACAGUGCAUCCAGAUUUCCUCGCAUUUUCCAAAACAGAGCUCUUCUAGAUUUGGACUUUGGGCUGCAGACCUUAUUUUCCGGCAUUAUAAAAAUAACAAGGUGAGCUGGGCAGGAAGGGAGGAUCUAGGAAGUAGGGCAGUAGUUUGCAUCCAGUGCCCACGUUGCAGGUGUGGCAGCGUUUAGCCAGGUUUCGGGCAGCAGAGUGGAGCAGGUCUGGCAGGUGAGUGACAGUGGCUGCAGCUUGAACUGAGAAACUCAGCUGAGAGUCUGGCCUCUGAGUGGGCUGCAGAUGUGUAGAGUAUGGAGCAGCUAGCAACCUGCAUGGUCAUGUGUGUAUGAGCUUGAAGAAAUUAGAUUGUGAAUGCAGGAGAAGACUGGGUGUUCAUCACUAUUGAUGUAGACCUGCAUCUGUUGAAUAGUGAUUGUCCUGCUUGUAUCUUCCCAAAGUAGGGUUCAAUUCUAAACAGUUUAGAUGGAAAACUCCCCCAGGAGAGUUGUUCUGAGGACUUGGCUGUUCUGUAGGUGCUAGGAGAAGAAAAGCCAUGAAACUGUAGCGGCUUGAGGCAAAACACUUACUUGAAUUGCAUAUUCUUGAAUAAUUACUUGCAUGGUUUGCUAUUCCAGAUUCAGGUUACUUAUACAUUGUUUUCUGACUGUUGUUUCUUUUGCUAAUGUGCAGUCACUGAAUGCCAAGCACACUGGUGGUAUGCUUGUUCUCCUGGCACUGACCGCUGCCAUGUGUAAUUGAAGGGCAUCCCUGAAGCCCAGGAGACCUCUGUAUGUAUCCCCAAUGGGAAGCAGCAGGGAGAAUGUUGUUAGGAAGCAUACAUGAGCAGGUUUUUAGCAUCUUAUCGUGUGCUUGUAUAUGAAAAUAAAGAAGAGUUAUUACUAGAUUUUGCAGGCUCUGAAUCUUUCCACUCCUUAUUUGGGAACUACCGUCUUAAUAUAUUUAAUAAUGGUGGGGCUGGGAAUCAUAAUGUUGAUUGUUGUGAACAAAAGACUGAUUCCUACUGUCCAAUUUUAUCUCAAGAACUGAAGGGAUACCAACUUGCAUGUGCUUUGCUGUGAUGCAAAGGAUCCCACUGGAGGCAGGGCUAGCAAGGCAAGUUUCAGGGGUGCUGUGGUCAGUGAGAGAUGUCAGACUAGGAGUCUUCAGAGCGGAAAUGCUGACUGCAAAAAGGGCCCUGUUCUGCUAAAUAAAUUCUCUGGAGAAGAAAGGAACAACUGGGGUCAAUAGGAUCUUUGCUUCUGACACAUGCUCUUUUCUGCUGUGUUGGUACUAAGUUAAUAUGUUGGAAUUUAGAAAGCACCUGUGCUGUAAGGCUGAGGAAGCACUUUUGAGCAGGGAUUUUGGAUCAAACCAGAAGUAGGGCAUCUGCAAAGAUGCGUAUCUGUUGUUUUCAUCUGGCUAAGACUUUGGAAAUACUUUUUUCAUGUACUUGUCUCAAGUGUCAGAGUUCACUGUUGUAUCUAUCAUCUAACAGACCAGGGUUUAGGACUUUUAUAAAUAGAGGACAUAGCCAUUUUGAAUUAAAACUGAAUUUACCCCUGGAGGUCUGACAGCAUGUGUGACUUGAGCUUUACUUGCAUAUAUGAUAUUUAAUACAGGGUCCAUAUGCAGUUUUAGUAAGACUUUAAUCUAGUCUCAAGCAUAUUGUUACCAAACACUAAUAAGCCAAGUCUUUGGUCAGAGGACCACUGUCUGGGACAAAACUGCAGGCAAACUUUCAGUGGUUAGUUGAGCACAGAGAGAUUAUCUCAUGCGAAGAACAAAACUAACCCAAAACUUCAUUCAAAAUUCAAACCAGGUCAAGAUGUAGUCUUUUCGGCAGUGGAAAAGAUUUUAUUUUUUUUGCUUUUCUGGGUGUCUGACAAAUUAUUCUUCCAACUUUGUUUUUUGACUCACAUGAUGGGUAGAAGAGCCAGAACAUAUGCAAAGAGCAAAUUUUAUACUAAAACAUGUAUGCUGGGCUUAGUCAUACCUUCCAAUGAUAAUCCUGUUAGCUGUUUGGUUUAGGUUGUUAAUUCAGUCUCUAUUUUAUAUUAAAAAAUCAGUCUCACUGGUUCAAUAUGGCUGUCUUGUUGUCUUGUAAGCAUAUUUAUUUCUCUACCAGUCUUACCAAGUAAACAAGCUUUAGCUUUUAUUUGUAGAGACUGGAAUAGGAAUGUCAGCUUUAGAACUGUUUGCUGAAUCUAAUUAUAUUUUAUAUUCCUGAAUAUUUAUGUAUUUUGUGGUGUUCAUUGAAACAGUACUUCUCUUACCCUUUGUUAAACCUGUGAUAACUUCUUCUAUAUCUCACUUAAAUUGAACUGCAAUGUAUUCUGAAUUCUAAAAAAGUAUUGCUCAGUACAUUCUGUAUAAAAAUAAUUUUGAUGCUUCUUUGGUUUUGCUCAAUGUAAAAUUUAUUUGGGAGUUGGAUUUUUUUUUACUUGUACUAUUUAUACUUUCUUUGGAAGUGGUCAGAGGGAGCCAGGUGAAGAGUUACCUUUUCCCAAUUUGUAUUUUGUGCAGCUUCUUGUCUUUCUCUUGGCAGUUUGCUUUACCCACACCGUCCAGUUCAGUUUUGUAAAACCAGGAUGCCUCAUCUGAACUGCAGAUAAACGUGGGGUUAACAUCUGUUUCUGUAUGUUUUACUCUGCAUCUACAUCAGUGGGGUUUUUAAUCCUGAAAAUAAAAGUACAACUUGAGUUAA